ACCAGGCCUCCGUUGUAAAUAAUGGCGAGGCUGUGAGAGCGGGGCGGCGGCGGACAGUGGAGAGCAAGAUAAAGAUGGAGCUGAGAGUUGGGAACAAAUACAGGCUGGGGAGGAAGAUUGGCAGCGGCUCCUUUGGUGACAUUUACCUGGGUGCGAACAUAGCUACUGGGGAAGAGGUUGCAAUAAAGUUGGAAUGUGUCAAAACAAAACACCCACAGCUCCAUAUUGAGAGCAAGUUUUACAAAAUGAUGCAAGGAGGAGUUGGAAUUCCUUCAAUUAAAUGGUGUGGUGCAGAAGGAGAUUACAAUGUGAUGGUGAUGGAGCUGCUUGGUCCUAGUCUCGAGGACCUCUUCAACUUCUGCUCGCGCAAGUUCAGCCUGAAGACUGUGCUCCUCCUUGCAGACCAGAUGAUCAGUCGAAUUGAGUACAUUCAUUCCAAAAACUUCAUCCACCGUGAUGUUAAACCAGACAACUUCCUCAUGGGCUUGGGCAAGAAGGGUAACCUGGUUUAUAUCAUCGACUUUGGCCUGGCCAAGAAGUACCGCGAUGCACGGACUCACCAGCACAUCCCAUAUCGGGAAAACAAGAACCUGACAGGCACGGCACGGUACGCUUCCAUCAACACCCAUCUGGGCAUCGAACAAAGUCGCCGUGAUGACCUGGAGUCACUGGGUUACGUCCUGAUGUAUUUUAACUUGGGCUCGUUGCCAUGGCAGGGACUGAAAGCGGCCACAAAACGGCAGAAGUACGAGCGCAUCAGUGAGAAAAAGAUGUCAACUCCAAUCGAAGUAUUGUGCAAGAGCUAUCCGUCUGAGUUUUCUACCUACCUGAACUUCUGUCGCUCCUUGCGUUUUGAUGACAAGCCUGAUUAUUCGUACCUGCGCCAGCUUUUCAGGAACCUUUUCCACCGACAGGGCUUCUCGUAUGACUACGUCUUUGAUUGGAACAUGCUGAAGUUUGGUGCAGGUCGUACCCCAGAGGAAAGUGAGCGUGAACGCAGAGACCACGAGCGGGAAGAGCGCGUGGUGCAGACGCGCAGUUCGGCAACGCGAGCCCUUCCACCGGGAACAGGAGCCGGCGCCGUUGGCAACCGGUUACGGAACGGACAGGAUGCAAUGCUCCCUUCACAGGCCACUCGUGCCCAGCAGUCUGCAAAUACCUCACCAAGGCCCAUCUCUCGAGCAGAGCGAGAGCGCAAAGUCAGCAUGAGGCUGCACAGAGGCGCUCCUGCCAACGUUUCGUCCUCUGAUCUUACGGCGCGGCAAGAUGCGUCACGCAUUUCUGCAUCACAGACCAGUAUGCCCUUUGAACAUCUGGCAAAGUGACUAACAUCCUUAGAGCAGCAGGUAAGAUUUGAUUCCUUCGCUGACUUUUGCCAAUGAUGGGACGACUUUUCCAACAUUGACCACUGCGAACAGGCUUUCAGGGAGGACAUUGGAACAGGGCUCGUAAUGAUCCACUGUUUUAUUUGCGUGUGAAUUGGGAACGUGGGCUCCUAUUUCAGUCUGAACAUACUUGCAAUGAUCUUGUCAGUCACCUCAGAUUUAUUAUAUACAUUCUUUUUUUUUCCCCGCCCCUGUCUGUUUGGAGUUUUCUUUACCUGGAAGAAAACCCCGUAUUUCACCUUGACUGGCCCUUCCGCCCCUACUAAAGGAAGUUCGGCCUCCUGUCUUCAAGGGCUUCAAGCUUGCCCCUCCUAUAACAGUGGCCAGUUACCAUUAUCCUGCCUUCUCUACCUUUCGCUACCUGUCUACUGGCUGUGUGAUGACUUCCCAAGACAUCAUUUAAAGAUAGGACGUGAGAGGAAGAGGAAAUAUCUAAAUACCGAGUUGAAAAAGCUUUUUUGACAUGUAGCGGUCCUGAUUCUGCAAUGCUAAGUACGGUCCUUAUGGUUCUUAAAUGUGGGCAUUCCCACGGGAGCUGAGUUUAAAUAGAUAAACCUAGCAUUCAAUACAAUAGAUGGCUGCAGUAGACUUCAUCGCGUGGUAUGGUGUAAGUAGAAUUUGGGAUUGCCCCCUUCAUUUUCAAGUCACAUUUGUAGGUUCCUGUAUAUAAGGCAUUUCUUUUAGAUCCUCUUCCCAGACUGAACCUUCUCUCUGAAUAAUAUUCACUCUGUAUCACUCCUUGUAAGUAUUGAAAGUUAGUUUUUUUUUAAAAAAUCUGUAUCCAGGGUGAUAAGACUUAAUAUUUUUAAAAGUAUAUAUAAAAUCGGUUAUGAUUUUUUAAUAGCAGCACUACUGGUGCAAAAAAAGGGGAGGAGAAAAUCCUUGCCCAGCAAACGCUCAUUAAAGAGGGUUUGUCAGUUCGGAACCGCUUGUCCUUUACAGUGUCAACUAUAUCUUGUAUUUGUGUGUUGACAAAACCAGUGACUUGGAACUGCAUUGGCUGCUAACUUCUGAAGAAUGUAUGUAUUUAUUUUUUAAAUCUUUUUUUUAUUGUGUUCUGUUGUCUUCGAGAAAGGAUCAGAAAAUUCAGGAGUGAGGAACAUAAGGUUUCCUAAUCCAAAUAUAAAGCAUCAGUGCCAUGUUCCCCCUUUAAGACACCUCCUAUUCCCCCCCAUUGGUGACUUUAUUGGUUAAGGAUGCUUGACCAAACUGUUCAUUGUGUAGCAGUAUUUAGAAAGAGAACCAACCAGGCGGUGUUCUUUGUUCGUGGCUUCAAAUGUUUUUUUUCCACUAACACAUACACCAUGUCUGCGUUGCCAUUUGGUGAACCUAGGUUUAAUGCAACUAUGGCAGAUUAUUGGGUAGAUCUCAAGUAUAUAUUCAAAACCAAUUGUCCAUACAAGGGUCCCUCUUGGCAAACAACCUGCAAGGAAGGAGUUAGCUGCACGGUGCUAAAUGUCAUCUGGGAAUCUGUUGGUGGAGCUGUAACUGCUUAAAUUUCACUUGGUACUCCUGUGUUUGUGGCCAAAUUGCCAUAUAAAUGGCUCACUCCUGGAUCUCAUGCCUUUUUUAAGGAUAGUUAGUAGUACUCCCUUCUUAAAAUGGCUUCUCGGCUUUGACAGUCAUUCCCACAGACACUAACGGUUUGAAAACAUGACUGACUCUGCCUUUUUUUAAACAGUUAACUGCAUAGUACUAAUCAGUAAAUAUAAAGACUGGCUUGGGCAGCAGGGGUAGUGCAGCAAUGAACGGGGCGACUUGCCAAAAUACCCAAAACUAAGCCUCUUUUUUUUGUAGUUAGUGCAGCUGAGGGACUUUGCCUACAAGAUAUAAAAUUUUAUUGGAAAGGAAUGCAUCCUGCUUCUGACUGUUUAAUGGUCAGCUUUUAGCACACUGAAAUUUUAAAAAAAUGUAGUCACUUACUAAAUAUUUUCCAGUCCAGGUGUAAAUGUGUCAAUAACCACUGUGUGCGCGUGUUUUCUAAGUGUUCUGUGAAAUUCUUGCGAAUUCAGCAGCCAGAAACCUGAAGCGGGAAACUCUGACAGCUCAGAGGGUCGUGUUGUCUGAGUGGAGCUGUCGUCCCUAAUACUCAGGCACUCCAUCCAAUUCUGGUCACCAAGGCCUGUGGAAGCCCCUCCCUUAAAGAUGUACUUCAAGGCUCUGGGUUCAUCUGCAGGAGAGCAAAAGAGGAGGUGGCAACUGAAUUGAAUGCAGCAAAAUAAAAACAUGACUCUGUGCAAUCCAAACACUUAAAAUGAAAAGUACCUGCAUUUGGGUUGAGCAACAAAUGACCUAUUUGUCUUCUAUUUACAUCAAAAUUUAGCAGGGUCCUCUUUUUAUACCACUACCACCUCUUAAAGCGAUCUACGCUAAGCAAAAAAAAAUUAUAGGAUCGCAUCUUUGUUUACAGGUUGGUGUUUUUUUUUGUUUCCCCCCCCACCCCCCCCGUUCUGCAACCUCACACAAGUUUCUCAACACCAAAGCUAUUUGGCUUUUGCCAAACCAGGGUCUAGGGUGUGCAUUUGAUUGGUGGGGUGCAUCCACAAAUGGUGCUCAGGGAAAAGAAGGCAGAAUUGGACGAGUUUAGUGGGAGGGGGCAAGUUUGACGCUUGCAGUGUGAAAGCAGAAAAAUAGAUUAGUCUCAUAAAUUUCUCUCAAAGAUUCUUGCCUGCUAUUUGGCAGCCAAUGGCCUCCUCUUCUCAAAUAUAGAAUGCAUUUUCUUCUGUACUGUAAACUUGAAUGUCACUUUUUAUUUUAGAUUUAACUGUGCACCAAUGCUAACAGCCCCCUCGGAUAUUUUGGUUUUGUAUUUAAUACACGUUAAGUUAUUUCCCCAUGUAUUUUUUUUAACAUUUGGUAUUUCAUAACUUUUUUGAGACUUUUUUUGUAUUUGUGUAAAUAACAAGUUUUUGAUUGUAAAGUGAAAGCUGUUGCUUCUUAGUACUGAUGUUGAACAGUGUAACAUAGUUUUAAUUUGUGCAAAAAGUGGGGGUGGUUGGCUGGGGAGUAUCCCUGCAUAUAAGUUCACCUGUUGGUGGACCAUAACUAGAUUCAGUCUCUCGUACAUUGUUCUUCUGAAUUUUUGUCCCUUCACUGAAGGAGCAGUGUUAACUCCAGCCAGAGUUCAUGGGAUGUUCUACUGGUGGACUGGCCAGUGUGUGUUUUUGUUUAACUUUUAAAGCUUUUACUAUCCUUCCACACUUUCUUACUGAAUCUUGUAUCCAAAUUCAAAUCUGACACCGAUCAGGGUCCAAAUUAAACAACUUUGCAUUAACUCAGAGCUGUCAUUGCCAAGUUCUAUUGCCACCAGACAUUAACUGCUUGCCCUUGGGAGAAGAGCAGUCCUGUGCUCUAGUAUCAUGAAGAUCAAAGUUGAAUUGAAAUCCGGAUCCAGUUUUCGCAAGGCAGCUUGUGUUUUACUGUUUUGCAUUGUUGAAGAUUAGCACCAGGCAUGGUGCCAGUAUCGGUUCAAGUAAGAGGAGUAAUGGCAAAACAAAUCUGUGUCGUAUAUUGUAUUUAUUGCAAACUGUCUUCUGAAUGUGUGUGUACGUGUAUGUAUUUUGGCUAUUGGCAAGGCUUUAAGGGAAUUAACGAUUAGUGGCUUCAAGACUUCUAGCUUGGUUCAUUUGCAAUCACUCCCCAAACUUUAGCCUGUGUGCAGCAUGUGAUUGUUCCUGCCUGAUCUGAUUUAUAAAAAGUGACACAGCCUGCCUCACUAGGGGCCAUGCAAGACUAGAAUUCCUGUUUGCAAUUUUAAAUGGAGGAAUAUACUUCCUCUGUAAUGCAGAUAUAACUUUGCUGUUCGAGGGGAGCGUACCGGUUUGUAAAGCUCUGGGUGUAAUGCCUGCAAUAAAGCAACAAAUGGAAAUGUCCUGUAACUUUGUUAGUUUGACCAUUUGUGUUACUGGCAGUAAAUUUUCUUGGCUUUUCUGUGGGGGUUGAGUCUGUCCUGUCUUGGGAAAACAUCAAAAUGUGAACUUGGCUGAAAUGUAAGAUGGUUUGAACUGCCCUCGCCCCACCCCCUUUUUUUAAAAAAAGAAAGUGCUCUCUGACCUACUGUCUCGAUGUCUAAUGUACAGUUCUUUAUUCCUGAUUACUAUUUAACAUUAUUUACAAUGCAAUUUAAUAUGGUUGUUAUUUGUGUACAUUUUAAAACUUAUAAAUAAAAGGGAGAGGAGAAAAGUU